UACAUUUCAAAGCCCAUUAGGGCACUGACAACUGAUGCGGGCUAUGACGGGGCUGACACUAUAAAUGGGGCCCGUCCAGCGGGCAGCUCCAGCUUAGUAACUAGCAUGUGGCGAUUUAUAUUUGUAUUGGCUCUGCUGCUGGUGUACACUGCGCUGGGCAUACGCGUGAAUUGCCGUCACAUGGAGCGCAUUCACGAGGAUCACAUCCACUACUGCUGCAAGCAUCCGGACGGCCACAACGACGUCAGCGAGCUCUGCGCCCAGAAGACCAACUUUAAGCUGCCCUCGAAGACGGAGGAGGCCAUGGAGGAUAACACUGUGGAUGCCGUCAUGACCGGCAACUGCUGGGCCAAAUGUGUCUUCGAUCAUUAUAAAUUCUUGGUCAACGACACCCUGGACAUGCUGGCGGUCAGGAGUCACUAUAAGAGCGUGCACAGAUUGGAUCCGGAGUACGAGACUGAAAUGUUGGCGGCUUUUGACGAAUGCCAUUCGAAAGCUGUGGAGGCAACAUCUAUCUUCCUUUCGAUGCCCAUCGUACGCGCCUUCAGCAGUGCCAAUGUGUGUAAGCCCCUGUCGAGCGUCAUCUUGUCCUGUGUGAUUCAGACGUUCUUCCAUAACUGUCCGAGAAGUCGCUGGUCGAACACCACGGAAUGUCUCGAGACUCUGGCGUUCUCCAAGCGGUGCAAGGAUGCGCUAACCACAAUGUGAAUGAAGGAAACUGAAAAACUAGCAUUAAAUUCUAUAUAUCUAUAUUUUGGAAUUAUAUGAACAGAUCAGCAUAUAUACAUA